CUCCCGAACACGCGCCAAGGAAGCGCGUUGACUGUUAGCUCUCUCUAACCAAACAUCCCACCUUCCCCUUCCUCUUCAACCGAGUCCAACAAACACGCUUUCCUAAUCACCGAUUCCUCGUGAACCUCUUAUGGCUUCGGAGCAGUACGGCGCCGUUUUCGAGGUAUCUCAGGACGACGACGACGAACCUUCUUCCUCCGAUAACGAGAUCAACGAAAAUGACGACGUCCUUAACGGUAACGAAGACGUUUUGAACGAUGAAGAAGACGAGGUAUUGUUAGAGGAAGAAGAAGACAUAAAUUCCCCUUCUUUACUCCCUCAACCGAUCCCUUCCCAAGUAUCCUUCGCCUCAGUCCCUGCCGUUCCUCUCGCCGUCCCCUCCGCCGCCGCCGUAACCAUCGCCGCCAUCUCGACCGACGAAUUGCCUCCUGAUUCCAAAAGCCAACGCGUCGAUUCCGUCGUGGCGGAGAAGAAAACUCCGCCGCCGCAGCAAUUGGACGAUUCGCGACGGUUAUUUCAACGGUUAUGGACCGACGAAGACGAGAUCGAGCUUCUCCAAGGGUUCCUCGAUUACACAAUGUUGAAAACGAGCUCAAAUCCUUCUUCUACUUCUCACCAUCACCAUCAAGAUACGGCUUUGUUUUACGAUCAAAUCAAAUCGAAACUCCAGCUGGAUUUCAACAAGAAUCAAUUAGUGGAGAAGCUUCGAAGGUUGAAGAAGAAAUAUAGGAACGUGAUUAGCAAGAUCAGUUCAGGUAAAGAAUUUUCCUUCAAAAGCCCUCAUGAUCAAGCUACUUUUGAAAUUUCUAGAAGGAUCUGGAGUGAUGGUGUUAGCAAAGUAGAAGAUAAUGUCUUAGAUGAUGACGAAAAUAACAAUAAUAACAACGCUAGUUUGAUCGAUGAAAGUGGAGAGAAAAAGAAUUUGACACAGAAACCAGCAGCCACGAAGAAAAGGUCGAGGAAUAAAGGAGUGAAAAUGGAGGAAAAAAUAGAUGUAAACGAUGGAAUUGUGCAUAUAGAUAGUAACUCUAAUGAUAGGGUUAAUAAUGAUAAUGGUAAUGUAGAAGCACUUGGUGGUGGUAGCAGUGGAGGAGGAGCUAACACGGGGGCGGCCGGGGUCAUAGAGGAGACCGUGAGGAGUUGUGUAACACCCUUGUUUAAGGAGUUGUUAGGUAGUGUACUGGGAGGAGGAGGGGGAUAUGGAGGAAGAGGGAUCAGUGGAUUGGUGAUGAAUGCAAUUCCAUUGUGUUUGGGCGGCGGUGGGGGCAACGGGGAAUGGAUGGAUGAAAGAUGGAGAAAGCUGCAGAUAAUGGAGUUGGAAGUUUAUUCGAAACGGGUGGAGCUGGUGCAGGAUGAGAUUAAGGCGGCUUUGGAGGAGCUCCGGUCGAUGAAUAGGUGAUUUUGGAUAAGCUGAUAUAGUGUAGGGAAGAAAGUGGCUUUUGGGUUUCGGUUGAUUUGAUUGAAAUGAUGGUUCUGCUUUGCUUAGUUUGUUUGUUAUAAUAUUUUUUUUCACAUCUGUGUACAAUAUAUGAUAUAUUCAAACAUGAGUUGGGUUGAUUUGCUUAGAGGAUGUUAUGUUACGAUUAAUGUAAAGCCUUGACAGAGUGCUUUUUGGGUUUUGGAAUAACGAGUUCUGGUUAUUUUGAA